GAGCCGAGCGCAAAGCUCGCCGGGAAACACUCACUCAUGGGCUUCCGGGCCCCCAUGGGCGGCUGGGAAAAACAGGCGCGCACCUUGCCCCGCCCCCAGCCUCGCUCUGACUCCCUCAGCCCCGUCCCAGUCUGUGAUUGGCAGUAGGGCUGCUCGCGCUCUGAUUGGUUAAGCGAGCAGACCGCGAGGUUUGAACAAAGAGCAGCACAGAGUCCCCACGGAAUCUAAAGAGCCACCUGUGGGGACCAUGGCCCAGGGACUCCUCUCCCCACAGGGGCUGCUCUCUGAUGAGGAGGUCACAGCCUCGCCCCUGCUUGAAUCCACAGCAGCGGAGUUUGGAUCUGGCCUGCGCAAAGAUUUGCUAUCCGAUUUCUCUGCUAUUUCCCCAAACCUGGGGGGAGCCCAGCAGGCUGUAGCUGAGGACAAUAAUGAGAAAGUGAAGGUGUAUCUGAGAGUCCGGCCCCUGAAGCCAUCUGAGCUGGAGAAACAGGAAGAUCAGGGCUGCGUCUUUAUUGAGAAUUCAGAGACCCUCCUCCUGAGAGCACCCCAGGACUCUUUCACCAUGCGGAGCACUGCACGGGGGGUAGGCCAGGCAGUGCAUAAAUUCACCUUCACCCAGAUCUUUGGGGCGGAGGUGGGGCAGAAGGCAUUCUUUGAUGAAACGAUGGGCGAAGUGCUGAAGGAUGUACUCCAUGGGCAGAACUGGCUGGUUUACACCUAUGGCAUCACCAACUCUGGGAAGACACACACCAUCCAGGGGAGCAGUAAAGACGGUGGGAUCCUGCCUCGCUCCCUAGCUGUCAUCUUCAAUAGUGUGGGGGAUCGGCUCUACCAGGCUAUGGAUCUAAAGCCCUCGCUUUCCAGUGAGGUGAGCUGGCUGGACAGCAAACAGGUGCAUCAGGAGGAGACCAAGAAGCUGGCCCUGCUGUACGGGGGGCUGCGGGAGGAGGAAGUGCUGACUCCACUGAAGAGGAGCCACAGUGCCGAGUCCCAGCUCCAGGCUGCCACCACUGUCAGUUUUGACAGUGGGGUUGGUGGCCUCUCUUCUACCAGCCAGUUUGUCAACCAGUCGAGCAGCAGCCAGCUGGAAGAGCUGGGUCCUCGCUGGGCUGACCCAGACCGCAUCUCGCUCCUCACCCCAGGGAAUGGGCAGGCCUCCAUCUGGGUCUCCUUCUUUGAGAUUUACAAUGAGCAGAUCUAUGACUUGCUGGAGAUGCCUUUGCCUGGCCAGAACCGCAAAAGGCAGACGCUGCGGCUGUGUGAAGACCAGACUGGCAGCCCCUAUGUGAAAGAUCUGAACUGGAUCAAUGUCCAAGAUGCUGAUGAGGCCUGGAAGCUCCUGAAACUGGGUCGGAAAAACCAGAGCUUUGCCUGCACCCACUUAAAUGAGAACUCCAGCCGCAGUCACAGCAUCUUCUCCAUUCGUAUUCUGCACUUACAGGGAAGCAGCAGUGAGAUGCUCCCCAAAAUCAGCGAGUUGUCCCUGUGUGACCUUGCUGGCUCAGAGCGCUGCAAGAACCAGAAAAGUGGGGACCGCCUGAAGGAGGCAAAUAACAUCAACACCUCCCUGCACACGCUCGGCCGCUGCAUCGCUGCCCUCCGCCAGAACCAGCAGUCCAAGCUGAAGCAGAGUGUUGUUCCCUUCCGGGACAGCAAGCUGACCCGUGUGUUUCAAGGCUUCUUCACGGGGCGUGGGCGUUCCUGCAUGAUUGUCAACAUUAACCAGUGCGCAUCCACGUAUGACGAGACCCUGCAUGUGGCCAAGUUCUCGGCCAUAGCCAGCCAGCUUGUUCAAGCUCCUCCCACAAAGCUGGCACUGCCGUCUAUCCAAUCAUUAAUCAAGGAACACAGCAGGCGAGACAGUAGGAGUUUAGGGGCAGGCUCAAAGCAAGAAGUGGAGCCUGAUGAAGAGAGUGACGAUGAUGGAGAAGUGUCCAUGUAUGAUAGGGAGGACCUUCCGCGAGCAGUGGAGGUCCUGUGGGAUCUGCUGGUGCAGGAGCGGCAGGACAGGCUGCACCUGGAAAUGCGCCUCCGUGAGGAACUCUGCAAUGAGAUGCUAGAGCAGUUGCAACAGAAGGAGCAGUGGUGCAGCCAACACUUGGACACGCAGAAGGAGCUACUGGUGGAACUAUAUGAGGAUAAGCUGAACAAUCUGAAGGAGUCAAUGACUGAUUUUUACCAGGAGAGGAUUCAGGAGCGUGAUGAAAAGAUUGAAGAGCUGGAGGCUGCUCUGCAGGAGGCAAAGCUGCAGUCAGAAGCCCUGGAGAGGAAACAGCAGGAGCAGCCCCUGCGCAGAUCAAAACGAGUGGUAGCUGCAUCCACUCUGCAGCAGGAGCUGCUGGAAGUUAAAGCCAAGCUGGAGCAGUGUCAAUCAGAGCUGACCACAACUACUGCAGAGUUGCACAGGUACCAGAAGCUGCUGGAGCCACCUCCUUCUGCCAAACCCCUCACUGUGGAUGUGGACAGGAAGCUGGAGGAUGGACAAAAGAAUGUGAAGCUGCUGCGGUCAGAGCUGCAAAGACUUGGGGAGUCCCUCCAGUCUGCAGAGAGAGCAUGUUGUCACACUACAAGUGCAGGAAAACUUCGAGAAGCCCUCUGCACCUGUGAUGACAUCCUCGCUAGACAGGACCAAACACUGGCAGAGUUACAAAACAACAUGAUGUUGGUGAAGCUAGAUCUGCGGAAGAAGGCAACCUGUAUUGCAGAACAGUACCAUACUGUGCAGAAGCUCCAAGCCCCUUCAACAUCUACUUUAAAGAAACGCUUCUGUGCUAAUAGGGAAAACCUGCAGCCAAGUCAGCCUCCUGGCAAGAAACCCUUCCUGCACGGCUUUCUGUCCCGCUCACCCGCACAUCCUCGUAUGGCAGAGAGCAGCCCCUAUAGCUGCAUCCUGCGUGGCCGGCGAUCACCAGCGCUCAAGGCCCUGCCCUCUAGUAAAAAAUAUUAAGUGGGUGAGUUGACCCACCAGCGAGGAGUUACUGUCCCUGUCUGUGUGUAUAAACUACCAUAUUUAGUAAUUCUUCACGGGCUUGUGCAAACACUGCAUGUGACUCCCAAAGAUGGCUUCAGGCAGCCUACUCUGUUUCAGGCCAGCUGCUACUCCAGUCUAUAUGAAACAGGACCUCAGGUCCAAACUGUAACAUUGCCUCUCAACUUGUGUAUUCUGUAACAUAGGCUAUGCAUGACAAUAAAUAUACAAAAACCUGCCCGCA